GAGAGAGAUUAAAAAGUGAAUAAGGAGGAACACCAGACAGAAAUCAUGGGUGCUUUCCUUGCUUUGUACACCUUUGCUGCUGUCAUUCUCCUGGUAAUUCAUGGAGGUUUGUGUGUGGAUAUCAUUGGAGGGACUGAAGUAGCACCACACUCGAGACCAUUUAUGGCACAAAUCGUGGGAUCAGAAAGAAUUUUUUGUGGAGGAGCUUUGAUCAAGGAAAACUGGGUGUUAACAGCUGCCCACUGCAAGGUGGAAGAAGGCAAAGUUAUUCUUGGAGCUCAUUCACGGAAAGCAACUGAAAAACAAACACAGAUUUUCCGGAUUGCAAAGCAAAUUCCCUACCCAUGCUAUGACUUCAUCUCCAAUGAAAAUGACAUUAUGCUGAUAAAGCUUCACAAAAGAGCAAGACUUACUGCAUCUGUGAAACUCAUUCCCCUGCCUACUUCAGAUGAUGAUCCCAAACCAGGAACAAUUUGCACAGUAGCAGGAUGGGGAAAAACUGACAACCGUCAGAAAACGCUUUCUGCUACCCUGAGGGAAGUCAAUAUCACUGUCAUCAGUAGGCAAGUCUGCAAUGAUAAACAUCAUUAUAAUGGUAAACCUGUUAUAACAGAGAACAUGAUAUGUGCAGGGGCUAAGAAUGGAAAAAAGGACUCAUGUGAUGGAGAUUCUGGUGGACCUUUGAGAUGCAAUAAUGUGAUGAGAGGUAUCACAUCUUUUGGGAAGAAAAAGAAGUGUGGUAGUGUUGAUGGCCCUGGUGUCUACACUCGACUCACAAACCAAUACCUCCAGUGGAUAAGGAAAACCAUAGGGGGAGCCUAAUAGAUUGGGUUUUGGGCAAGUGAUAUGUGUAAUAAUAUCUAGUUUUCAAAUAGUCUUUUAAAAUGGUUAUACUGGUAAAAGAGGUAUUUCCACACCAAAUUUUAGCAGCUUACUGUAGUUCAGCUACAAUAGCAUUUAUAGCUUAUACUGUCAGCCAUGGAGUCAUUGAAUGGAGUU